CUUCUUUCCUCCCUCAACCCAAAACCCUCUUUACUGAUACCAUCCAUCAGCUCUCUUACUCUGCUGCAGCGAAAUCCGGAGAUCCAUCAACAAUGGUAGGAGGUUUUGAAGUAGGCGCAGUUCCUUUUAACCCAGACGGAUGGGGCCCACCCGACUCCGUCACCACUGCCCCAACUACAACCACCCUGCCUCUCCACGUUCCCUUUGCUCCUUUCUCCCGCUCCGAAAAGCUUGGUCGAAUCGCCGACUUCACCCGCUCCUUCCCUUCCUCGAACGCCAACCCAUCCAACCGGCCUUCCUCUGCAAAACCCGGCGGAGCCAAUUCCUCCGACGCGCCUUUCGAUUUCUCCCUCGACCUCGACGCCUUCCCUCUCGCGAACCCCGACGACGAUUCCUCCUUCCGUCUAGUCGACGCUAAGCCUCCUCCUCGGCCCAAAUUCGGCCCUAAGUGGCGUUUCAACCAACACCGACCACAGCUCCCUCAACGACGAGACGAGGAAGUCGAGGCCCGAAAAAGAGAGGCCGAGAAAGAGCGAGCCCGCCGCGACCGUCUUUACAAUCUCAACCGGUCCAAUCAGAACCAGCCACGUCGCGAAGCCGCGGUUUUCAAAUCUUCAGUCGAUAUCCAACCGGAAUGGAACAUGCUCGAUCAAAUCCCUUUCUCAACAUUCUCCAAAUUAUCCUUUUCCGUUCCCGAACCCGAAGAUUUACUCCUCUGUGGCGCAUUAGAGUAUUACGAUCGGUCCUUUGAUCGAAUCACCCCGAAGAACGAACGGAGGCUCGAAAGGUUCAAGAACAGAAACUUCUUUAAAGUCACCACAACUGACGAUCCGGUGAUCCGAAGAUUGGCCAAUGAGGAUAAAGCAACUGUUUUUGCUACUGAUACGAUUCUGGCAACCUUAAUGUGUGCACCCAGGUCAGUUUAUUCAUGGGAUAUUGUAAUUCAACGUGUUGGGAAUAAGUUAUUUUUCGAUAAGCGAGAUGGUUCUCAAUUAGAUUUGUUGUCAGUUCACGAGACUUCUCAGGAGCCAUUGCCUGAAGCUAAAGAUGAUAUUAACUCUGCGUAUUCGUUGAGUGUUGAAGCAGCUUAUAUAAAUCAGAAUUUUUCGCAGCUUUUGGUUAGGGAUGGGAAUAAGGUGAGUUUUGAUGAGCCGAACCCAUUUGCCAACGAAGGUGAUGAGGUGGCUUCCGUGGCCUAUAGGUAUAGAAGGUGGAAGCUUGAUAAUGAUAUGUAUUUGGUUGCACGUUGUGAGGUUCAGAGUGUUGUUGAGGUUAAUAAGCAGAAGUCUUUUCUUACUUUGAAUGCACUUAACGAGUUUGAUCCCAAGUAUUCGGGUGUUGAUUGGAGGCAGAAGUUGGAGACUCAGAGGGGUGCAGUUUUGGCUACUGAAUUGAAGAAUAAUGCGAAUAAGUUGGCUAAAUGGACUGCUCAAGCUCUUUUAGCCAGUGCUGAUUUAAUGAAAUUGGGCUAUGUUUCAAGGGUGCAUCCUAGGGAUCAUUUCAACCAUGUGAUAUUGGCUGUUGUUGGGUAUAAGCCAAGAGAUUUUGCUGCACAAAUUAAUCUGAACACUGCGAAUAUGUGGGGUAUUGUGAAGUCUAUUGUGGACUUGUGUAUGAAAUUGAAUGAGGGGAAAUAUGUGCUUGUGAAGGAUCCAUCUAAGCCUCAAGUGAGGAUUUAUGAGGUUCCAGCUGAUGCUUUUGAGAAUGAUUAUGUGGAGGAACCAUUGCCUGAAGAAGAACAAGUUCAGCCACCAACUGAGGAUGCUGAAGGUGGGGAGGCAAAUGGCACUACAAAUGAUGUUGAGGAUAAAGAGAUUGAGCCACAAAAUUAAUGCUUAUUGGUGAUUGCUUACCCAAAUUCUGGUAUUUAUGGAGAAUUAAGAUCUGCACUAAUGUCUACAACAAGCCAGAUUUGAAGCUCAAAGAAUAGUCCAUAAAGUAUUUAUCUUUCCUUGUUUGAUCCGCAAUCUGACUUAGCGUUAUGUGCGGAGAGAUUUUGUAAGAGCAUUUAUAACUUGUCUUUUGAAACUGAGUGAACCUAAUUAGUAAGCAUGUUUCGAUGGUUUCAUGCGAGGUUAUAUGCUUCAAGCUUCUUCAGAAACUAUUUUCCUCUACAAAUGUUAUUUUUCCUUACAUUUGUUAAUGGGAUAUUUUUGGUCUCAUUGUAA